GUUAUUGUCGUGCAAACUCAUUCAUAUGUGAUGUCAGUCUGCGAAUGUUUUACCAAUAUGUCACAUGGCAACACGCGGACUGGGAUAAAGCACAGCUGACCGCGAUAUGUGAUCGGUGAACGACUGCUCAAAAUUGAUAACUAAUUCUUCUUUACGUUCUGAAAUGCACUUCAAAGUGAUUUUCCAGAUGCAAUUUUCACCCAAAUCAGUCGGACGUGCAUAAUUAUCGCUUUGCUGGUGUUGACAAGGCCAGUCAUUCUAAAGUGAAGCUAAGUCAAAAUAGAAUCUUUGUAAGAAUAAGUUCAUCUUUGAACGUUAAUUCAAUUUUUGUGUUGCGUAGGAAACUAUGUCAGAUUUGUAUGGCUUCGCCUAACACUCCAUUGUUGCAUUAGAUUUAAAAUUCGCUGUAAACUGUCUUCGCUGAACCAUGGCUUGAAUUAGAUCUGCCCUAGAGCAGCGACCUUACAAGGUGUACCAAAAUUUUUGGUGCCCAACGCUCCGCUAUUUAAUUGCCUACAGCUCAGCACGAUUUGGCGCGGCCACGCCGUGGCCUUCGAAAUUGAAUCCGGAAUAACCUUCGUCGGGUCCAAUUGCCCGCACCCGAAAACGUGUUUAGGCACGGACACGCUCCUGGUCUCUGCAGCACAAGAAACGCAUGUAUCUGUCUAGGCCCCGCAACAGUGCAUAUCCUUCGGAACAUAUCUUGAGAUACAGCGCACACUCAACGUGUUACACGUCACGUCUUCUCCUUGUGUGCAUCAAACAACCCCGCUCACCUUGAUCUAGGUGGUUACCACUCCUCUCGAUCUUUGGUCCUCGAUCCUCGGCCCUCGAUCCAGUUUAAGUCAGGUCGAUCCAGUUCAGUUGCCAGGCCUCUGCGACCACAUUUCCCUGUGCCCUGGGUGCACCGGAUCAUAAACCGCCGCUGGCGCCGCACGUGAUAGAGCCACAAACAAGACGGCGCCAAGUGUAAACAAAACUGCAGAAAUGCGAGGUGCUCUACAGUGCAUCGCGCUGCGGCCGUCGGGGCACACUCCGUCUGACAGUCGCCCAACCAGUGGUGAAUUUAUACACCGAAACGCUGCAGUCAUGUCUCGCGUGGUCUGCAUUGAUGACCUUAAGCAGGCGGCAUUGGCCCGUCUGGACAAGAACGCCCUGGGCUACUACAACAGCGGGGCUGACGGAGAGCAGACCCUGACUGACAACAAUGCCGCAUUCCAACGGUACCGCCUGCGUCCACGCUGCAUGGUGGACAUCUCCACCAUUGACCUGACCCAGACGGUACUGGGUCACGAGGUCAGCAUGCCAAUCGGCGUGGCACCGACUGCCAUGCAGGCGAUGGCGCAUCCCGAGGGCGAGUGCGCGACCGCCAGAGCGGCGGAGGAGAUGGGGGCUGUGUUUGUCCUGAGCAGCGGGUCAAACAAGAGCAUAGAGGAGGUGGCGGACGCAGCGCCACGUGCCAUCAAGUGGUUCCAGCUGUACAUCCUCAAGGAUAGGUCGACGACAGUGAAGAUGGUGCAGCGGGCGGAACAGGCCGGCUUCUCGGCCAUCGUGCUCACCGUGGACGCUCAGGUUUUCGGUAAAAGGCUGGCCGAUGCCAGGAACGGAUUUCAGAGGCCUUCACACCUCAGAUUGGGCAACUUUGCAUCGGACGUCGACAAGGCAUGCCAUCGGGGAGACAAUGAGUACGUGGAGGCCUUGUUCGACUUGUCUGUAACGUGGGACGACCUCAGCUGGCUGUGCAGCGUCACUCGGCUGCCGGUGCUCGUCAAGGGCGUGAUGACGCCAGAGGACGCCGUCGCCGCCGCCGACCGCGGCGCCAGCGGCGUCAUCGUCUCCAACCACGGCGGCCGCCAGCUGGACGGUUGUAUUGCGACGGUGGACGCGCUGGGCCCGGUGGUGGCCGCCGUCGGCCUCCGCUGUCCCGUCUUCAUGGACGGCGGCGUGCGGCGCGGCACCGACGCGCUCAAGGCGCUGGCACUGGGCGCGUGCAUGGUGUUCGUGGGCCGGCCGCUGCUCUGGGGCCUUGCGCACGACGGACAACGCGGCGCACGGCUAGCGCUGCAGCUGCUGCAAAGCGAGCUCCGACUGGCCAUGGGACUCUGCGGUGUUACGAAGGUGGCUGAUGUAACCGAAGACGUUUUCGAGCAAUCAGAACGCUCACAGCUGUGAUGCAAGAGACCCAAGAACCAUCACCAACUGAUGAUGUUCCACAUCUGCAGAACGCUAACGUCUGUUUUAGGGAUCUGCACAUCCUUACCGUCAAAUAAUUCAUGGGACGACAAUGGCCUUGACGCUUCGAUGAUGAAAUAUGUGGUAUAUUGCAGAACGGGAUAUUGGUAUGUUAUUUGUCAACUAAGUUGUGGGUGCCUGGGACUAGAGAUAUGGGCUAGUGGGCAAUAGGAUGUGCUCGGUACGCAGUUCUCCGUGUUUAGCAAUGAUGUGUUUUACAGGUACCACGGAGGUGGCGAGUGGUAACCGAAAAAAGUUCUAGCGAAAUUGGAGCGAUCACAGGUGUGCCACACCGGGCUAAAA